CAAUAUAAGACAGCGACAUACUGGUAUAUAAAACCGUGGUGUAGAAUACCGCCAUACCUCAUCGGAAUGGCCACAUGUCACCUUCUUACAAAAUGGAAUUACAAAUUGCAUUUUUCAAAAAUAACCUUAAUCGUUGGUUGGUCCGUGGCAAUUUUAUGUAAUUGUUCGAUUCUCUUCGGACUCGCGAACAAGAACAUAUCUUUAGGUCUCUCCGUUCUUUAUCUGGCCCUCAGUAGAACAUGCUGGGCAUUAGGUAUUGCCUGGCUUGUAGUUGCAUGCACUACGAAUAAUGGCGGUAUCGUGAACAAAAUCUUAUCGCUGGAUAUUUUCGUCCCUUUCAGUAAAUUAACGUAUGGCGUUUAUCUCAUAAAUUGUAUUAUUAUCCUUUCGUUAUAUUCGUUAGAUAAUUAUCCUCUCUUUCUCUAUUACACCAAUAUUACCUAUACUGCCAUUACAGUGAUUAUUUGUAGUUUCAUUGCUGCUAUUGUUCUGUCCGCAACAGUAGAAAUGCCGUUUAUAUCACUCGUUCGACUGUAUAGUAAUCCGGCAAGUAUGAAAUAAUCAUAUACUAAUACAUAUUUUUAAGCCCCUCAGUUAAUAAAGUGAUGAAAUUACUCUCUCGAUAUAUGCACUUUGUCUGUGUGUCCGUCUGCCUGUCUCUCUCAAUCUUGAAACAUUUCUAUUUAUUAUGAUGUUCUCUGGAACCACAAUUGGGAAAAUAGCGUCUGUUGUUUAACGUAGAUGUCCAGCAUUAUAUUGUAUCGUAUAGUGUAUUACAUAUCUUUCUUCCUUUCUUUCCCCUUUUUUCCCAUUUCUCUUCCUGUCUAUUUUGUUGAAGUGAUUCUCACUUCUAGGAAAACUCUACAUCUUCUCUAGUGUUUAGUUAUCUUAGUCCUCGAAGCCAUCGAAAAUCAAUUUGAAGGGCCUCUCGGCCUCAUAGCCUUUUCUAGGAACAUAGGAACAUGUCAUGCACGGAAGAUGUACCGGGCUAUAGACAAACCAGUUCUCGUAAUUAUAUAAAUACCCAUAGAGCUAUCACGUAAACUUGAAAGUUAUAUGAUGAAAACAAGAUAGCUAAGCCGUAACGUUUUUAAUUUAAACU